UUAGACCUGUCAAUAGACGUGAGAGUAUGGAAUGUUUCAGAUGAUCUGUCUUUAUGCGUGUCUGAAGAAAGGGAUCCGUUUGUUGUACUCCAUCAAGGGAUUAUUUGCUGUGCACAGCAUUCAGAUGACCUCGAUGCUGAGUGUAAGUCCUCGGUAGAUUUUCCGUGGUUUCGGCAACGGACCCGACAGCGAGGUCGGCAUCGGGAAUGCCUUAGAUAAGCGACAGGGAUCCACACCAAUGACAUCAGGGGGACAACACCCUCCAGACCGGUACUAAACGUCGGGUUCCUGAGCUUAGCCUCCGACAUUGGAUCCCGUGCCCCCACGUGUCCAAGCAUCGUGGAAAUUAAGUAACGGGUGCAUCCGCUGCCACUUUACUUUCCCAUUUCCCACCCCCAAAUUUCCCAAUUCCCUUUUUUUUUUUCUUUUUUUCUUGACUUUUACAACAACCACAACACAACUAGACGAUCGGGACACGGAUACACAUGAUGCAGCCUGCACGAUUGACAUUCCUCUAUCCGCACCUAUUCCGGACGAUACGCGCCGGCGAAACGGCGACGACGACGACAAGCCGCGCGGCGGCGAAAUCAUGUCGGAGACGGACUCCAACCGAUGUUCGGAGACGGGGGUACGCCGCGUUCGCGCCUACGCCUGGGGCACAGCAGUCGGGUUUCGCGCCGAGACAUGGCAAGGGGAUCGAGCCUGUGCCGACGGCGGGGACGACGAUACCGCCGGUGUCGGUGCCCGUGCCGGGGAGUGAGGGGGGAAACGAGGCGGCGAGUCCCGGGCAGGCUGCGGUCGGGGCGUCCAAGGGGGCGAGCGAUGACGGGGUGAAUCCCAAGACGGCGGCUUCGUCUGCGGCGGCUGCGGCGGCGGCGGGGACAGCGGCGGCGGCAUCGAACACGGCAUCGAAUGCGGCGGAGAACAACGCGGCGAAUGUGACGGCUGCUGCGUCCGGAGAGCAACAACCUCCCGAAGAAGCAGAGGAAGCCAAAGCCGCGAAGCAAGAGGCCCGCGACCAGGCAAAGAAGAGCGGGCCCCUCGAAGCCAUCCUCCACAUGGGACCCCCCGAACAAGUCGCCAAACAACACCCGCACAUGGCGCCCACCCCUUACGUACACCAUUUCGACAGCUACUCUCUCGUCAAAGACCUCGAGGGCGGCGGGUACAGUAAAGACCAGGCCAUCACUUUGAUGAAGGCGAUCCGGGCGAUUUUGGCGCAGAACCUGGAUGUUGCGCAGGAGAGUCUGGUGAGCAAGAGCGAUGUGGAGAAUGAGACGUAUUUGUUCCGGGCGGCGUGUUCGGAGCUGAGUACGGAGGUGAAGAAUAAUCAGAAGCUUGCGGAUGAGGAGAUGAGGCAGAAGAGGACGCUGCUGCAGCACGAGGUUGAUAUUUUGACGCAGGGGUUGAAUCAGGAGUUGUUGACGUUGAAUGAUAAUGUUAGGGGCAUGUUCAAUGAUCGGAAGAUGGCGGUGAGGGAGGAGCAGAAGGCUGGUGAUAGUGUCAUCCAACAAAUCAACUACAAAAUCAGCCUUCACCUAAGCAGCGAUGCCAAAUCUGAGAUUGAGGGUCUGCGAUGGAUCUUGAUCCGGCGGUCGGUGAUUGGGAUCUUGUUCAUGGCGGUGUUGACGCUGGGCACGCUGCGGUACGGGACGUAUGUGAGCCAUUCGAAGCAGGCCGAGGCGGAGAGGAUGAAGAAGCAGGCCGAGAUGAUUAAGAUGGCGGAUGGCAAGAGGGAUCAUAGCUCGGCGCCUGAUGCGGCGGAGAUUUUGGCGGCGAAUUGAGGGCGGAGAGAGAUGAGGUCGGAGGAUGGAGGAACGUAGGGGGGCGAGUCAGGGACGGUGAGAAAAAACGGGAGAAGUCGAGGUGUGAGGAGUGAGGACCGAGGAGGAGGCGGAUGAGUAGCGAAGGGAGGUCAUGUUAUGUGCCAUGUCAAGGUGGCUUAGAUACCCCAAAGAUGCGUGGCAAUGGGAACAACAUAUAGCUGAAACCACGGAAAGACGCUCUUGACCACUAGAUGAGUGUGCAAGCAGCGAGGUCUAGACGUUAUCGUAAGGCUCGAUUUUGCUUUUCAGCAUUGGCAUAUGCUGACGGGGUUUGGUACCAGAAAUUCGGUCACUGCCUUGAGCACAGUCCCUAUCGCGGUACUCUCGACUAAUACCCUACGACUUGUCUCAACUGCUGGCCCCUAUCAUCUUUCUCUCAUC